GGCGCCAUUGUGUUGCUGGGAGAGGCGGCGGGCUCAGCUCGGCCGUCUGCGGGUCCGGACCGGUCUCUCCGGCGGAUCUCCAAUGCUUGUGUCGUGAGGGCCGCACCCGUGAGAGGUACAAAGAAUGGAGUCUAAGCCCUCAAGAAUUCCUCGAAGGAUAUCUGUUCAGGCCCCCAGUUCUACUCUAGGAUCUAGAACGUUAACUGGAAACAGUUUAGCUGGUGCAUAUAGUGCAAGAGAUUCUUCACGGAGAUUAGACUCUGGAUACCAGGAGUCUGAUGUAUUGAGUAGUUCUGACAGAGACUGGGGAAUUGGAGAAAGAGAGACUCAUGAAAAUCCUUGGAAGCUUACAACAUCCUCUUCGACUCACUACUCAGGGACACUUGAUCACCCACGGUCUGGAAGAUUUUUGGGAACCAGAAACAGACUGUCUACAUCUUCCUCCUCUCAUUUUACAUCUGGGUGUUAUGAUGAUUCUGAAAGAACUCAGGGAGCAUAUUCAAGACUGCAUAGCCAGCAGCAAGAUAGUGAUUCAAAGCGACCUAAGCUGUCUUGUACAUCUACCUCUUCUGUGAGAAGUAAUGGCUUGACUGCCUUUUCAGAUUCCUCUUGGAGAUAUAGUAGGAUUCCUAGAUCUUCAUCUGUGAUGUUUGGUUCCCUGGGAACUGAGCUAGUGAGAGAGCGAAGAGAGUUAGAAAGAACAGAUCAGUCCUUUAAUAAUCUGGUGGAUCAUAGCUACAGGAACAGUGACUUUUCAUCUUCAGCAUAUUUUCAGGAUAGGCCUGCCUCUACAUAUGCGGAAGGAGCAAGACCAAAAGAGAACUCAUUAAGUGCUUUGAGGCUAAAUGCAUCCAUGAACCACCAGUUGCCUUCUGGUCAUCAGACAUCUUUUUUCAACAGAGACUCUAACAUAAGAUCUUCAAGGACCAGCUAUUCUUCAAGACAAAGGAGAAAUGAAAUAGAAUCUCCCCAGAGGAACAUACACCCGGCAUUUUCUCAUUCUACCACUAGAGGCGAAACUUCUUCAAGUAGUUCUGAAAGGGUUUUCUCUUCUCAGAGGUCACUGAAUGAUGCUGCAGCUGACACUGAAGGAAGACGCACAACCAGACAGUUGCUGUCUCGUUUAGCAUCUAGUAUGUCAUCUACAUUUUUCUCUCGAAGAUCUAGCCAAGACUCAUUGCAGACAAGGUCAUUAGGCUCUGAAGAGUCAUCUCUUGUCCCAAGAGUUCAAGCUUCUACUCUGUCUAGCACUAAUGGAGCUGCAACUCCUGAAGCUCCAGGACUUCAUACAUCUGAAGCUUCUCAGGGAUUUAGUUUUCUGAGACGAAGAUGGGGUUUGUCAGGAGUUUCACAGAGUCUUAACACUGAUUCAGAUGGGGAAAGCUACAGACCAGACUCUGAAAGUAGGAGCACAGGGUCCUGGUUGUCAUCAUCUUUGAGGAACAGAUGUACACCACUCUUCUCCAGAAGACGGAGAGAAGGAAGAGAUGAGUCUGCAAGAAUCUCUACCUCUGAUGCAGCUGCUAGAUCACAACAUGUUUUGAGAAGAAGAGAGUCAGGUGAGGAGACCUCUCUUGAAGCAUCAGAUGGCCCCCCUAGGGCUUCUGUUAGCAGACCACCAACACCUGCAGUAUCUGGUAUUCCUACAGCUACUGCCUCCCCACCAGAUUCAGCCCACAAUAGGCGAAGUUCUGGAAUUCUGCCUAGUUCUCUCUUUCGCUUUUCAGUGCCUCCAACAUUAGGAAGCAGUCUAUCUGACAAUCUUAUGAUAACUGUAGAUAUUAUUCCUUCUGGCUGGAGUCAGUCUGAUGGACAAGAAAGUGACAAGUCCAAAAUACCACCUUCAAGAGAUCCAGAAAGACUGCAGAAAAUUAAAGAGAGCUUGCUUUUAGAAGAUUCUGAGGAUGAAGAGGGUGACCUAUGCAGAAUCUGUCAGAUGUCCUCUGCAAGUACUGACAACAAUUUAAUAGAGCCGUGCAAAUGCACUGGAAGUCUGCAGUAUGUUCACCAGGAGUGCAUGAAAAAAUGGCUGCAGUCCAAGAUUAAUUCAGGUUCUUCUUUGGAAGCGGUAACUACUUGUGAACUAUGUAAGGAGAAGUUGCAUCUGAAUCUGGAAGACUUCGACAUUCAUGAACUCUAUAGGGCACAUGCAAAUGAACAAGCAGACUAUGAAUUUAUCAGCUCUGGUCUCUACCUUGUGGUGUUGUUACACUUAUGUGAGCAGCGCUUUUCUGAUAUGCUUGGAACCGCAAGUGAGGCCAGCACACGUGUCAGAUUUAUUAACCUUGCAAGAACUCUUCAGGCACAUAUGGAAGAUAUUGAAAGUAGGUGCUUCCCCUCUUCUCCCCCCUCUCUCUCCCACUGGACCUAGUCAAGGUUAAAUGAAUACAAUCCUCCAUUGCCAAGAAUCGUACUACCAAAAUUAGUUAUUGAAAAUUUGAAUUAGUUGUUGUUUUUUGUUGUUGUUUGUUUGUUUGUUUGUUUUUCCAGUAUCAGUAGAAUUAUUCUAAGUAGAAGCUGAUAUUAAGUCUCCAUGAUUGAUUUCCUGGCACCGUGCAGUUUAGACCAUGGAAUUGUUUUCUGCCAGUGAUGCCAAGAUUCCUCACUAGUAACAGUUUAUUCUAGUAGUAUGAUGUUAUGGAACUGUUUGUGACCUUCAGGCUGUAGCCUUUUUCAUGAGUCCUAGUAGAAAAGACACAGCUUAAGUUUUACUGUGCUCAGAUUAUCAUACUUUGCUUGCCAUUUUUAUUCCCCCUAUUUUCCCCACACUUUUUUGGUCUACAUAUUUCUUUACCAGCACUUCCCACUUCUGGGUGAAAUUUUAGAGUUCUCAGCUUUGGCAGAGGGCUAGCUUACUUUUUGCCUAGUGUUUCUUUAAUGUGAUGAAAUGAAAAAAUGUGUGCUGACUUAGGCAUAUGUAGCCUGAAUCUGAGUAUUGUUUAGGGCAUUAUGAACAGACAGUGGAAAGGUAGAUGUUUUUCUAGUUUGUGUUUGUCUGUGAACAUGCAGAUUUUGUAUAUAAAUUGAUCUUACAGCACAUAGGACAGGCUUGGAGUUUGAUAAAGAAUGCUGUAAGGAGGGGAGGAGAAAUUAUUCAAAAAACAUGAUUAUUCUGCAUUCAGAGCAUAUAUUAGAAUUAUUUUCUGUAACAAAGGUGGACUGGAAUUCAAAAUUUGUUAAGCUACUUCAUUCUUAUUAUAGUCCUAUAGAAGUUAAUCUUAGUAAAUGGUAUUCACACAGUAAUUGAAUCUACAUUUGAGUGAGGCUUCAUCUAAUUUGCAGCUGAGGAGUACUGAGUUUCAAUUUAUUACUGACAGUGUUUAAGUUAGGUUUCUCUUAAGUGGCUGGGGGGGACAGGGACUGGUGAAGUGAGGAGACAUUUUGCUUCCCUCUUUAUGUUAAGAGGGAUAACAAAUGACUUGAGGGCAAAUAAUUUCAAGAAAACAGAGUUAGUUUAGAAGGACAACUUAGAUUAAUUGCUGUUGUGCACAAGCUAACACUUGACAGACUGACUGUAGAUAUGCUUACUGAAGUUUUCUCACUAUUGACAGCAUAUAUUUGUCCUUUGGUUCACCAUACAACAGCAGAAUCCUACGCAUAUGGAGACAUUGUGUUGAAUUUGCUUAUGCUUUUAAGAAUGGGAGGGGAGAGAGGAGCUGCUUCCAAGUAGGACUGGCUUAAUUGCAUUAAGCAAUGUGUAUAUUCAUAUAAGAGUCAGAAAACAGUUUGUAGAAACUACUUAACCUUUCUAGGUAUUUUGGUAUACAAAUCAUUAACUCCCACGGAUUCAUUUCUUCCCUUCGUAUUGGGUGCAGCUGCCAUGGAUUGAAUAUACUCUUUUAACUGUAGUUGGAAUUAGCAACUGUGAGCAUUACAUAAAAGUUGACUCUCUAGCAUAAUCAAGUUUUCUUCCUGUUAUUUUGAGGAGAAACAGCAGGAAGGCACUGCAAUUUGUAAUGUGGAACUUGGAUUUUAAAAUUCUGCAGUUUUCAGAUGUGAGAUGCAUUUAAAAAUUAAGCUAGGUAAUUAUACAAUAUUUGGACAGGUGCUACAGUCAGCUAUUGAUGUUAAAAAAUCACCUUCAUUUCCACUACUCAUAUUUUAAACUAAAAGUUCUCUAAAUUCCUCAAACCUUUAUGAAGGCUUCUGAUUAUAUUCUGUUGUUCCAACAGCUUCUGAGGAUGAUUCUGAAGACUGAUGCUGGUAUAACUUUUAUGCUGAAAGAAACAGAAGUGCUGCAGAAAUGCUGAACUGACAAGAA